UGAGCUGAAUUGGGUCGGCCAGGGUGCUGAUGAAUUGGCAAGCCUGUUGAGAAACAAGUGGCUUGUGCAAUGUGAAUGAAGAAGACUGCUCUUAACCUACUAGAAAACUAUCUUACCCCUCCAAUAACGUGGCGGUUAGGUUCAGGCGAGUAGUUCGUUCUUCAUCCCGAGUUCAUCCCAAGAGAGGCCUCGAUCCACUUUUCACGCGGGAUCGAUCCAUCGGGCGGGCCCCUUACCUGCCUGGCAUCGGGAGUGACACCCAGGUCAGGUCCACGGCGGGCAGACCCCAGUAUCGGGGUCACGGGCUGAGUGGUCCGGAUCAGAGACCGGCAGCAUGGCGCAAGGCACACCCCCGUCCGGUUCGGUGGUGGUCGAGUUCGACGAUUCGGAUUUGCAGUUCACGCCGCACACCACCCACUCUUUUGCCGCCCCGCCCACGGCGGGCGGAAGCGGUGGUGCGGAAUCGCCGGCCGAUGAAGUCGACCCGGAUGAUCGGACAGGCUUGAUGGGCGGAUCACGGGCCGGCGCGGGAUCUGGACGGUACAACUUUUGGUCGCUGGCGUUCUAUCAGCGAUUUUUUGAUGUCGAUACCCAUGAGGUGCAGCAACGGAUCGUGGCCGCCAUGAUUCCUCGACCCCAAAAGCAUUUCUUGCAUGACGUGCUCCAAGACAACCCCGACUUGUACGGCCCCUUUUGGAUCUGCAUCACGCUCGUCAUAUCCGUGGCCGUCACGGGUAAUCUGGCCUCAUAUCUUCAGACCGCCCUCCAAGGCGGCGAUUUCCAGUGGCAUUAUGACUUUCACAAGGCCAUGGUGAUAGGCAACCGAAAAAAGCGGACACAAGACAAGAUCGUGUUCGACGACGAUGUGAGUUCCAGCUCUGAGGAUGAGGAGAAUCUGGUGGAGUUCAAUGCGGCUCUUCAAGGCACAUUGCCCGCUAGAUUGGCUCCCGAGCAAGAUUCUCAAUCGGAUGAGGCCGAUGUCGAGGACUCCACGGACGAAGAUGGCCUCGAAUCUGAAUCCGACUCGGACGAAUCCGCGAAUGAGGAAGAGAUCCGACCUCGCAUUGAUCGAAACGUGUUCAAGACGAAAAUGGAUGGAUUGAAGUCCAUGCUUAAAAAGAUUGACACACCUCCAGUUGUUGAAGAUAGCUCGGAAGAAUCUGAAGACGAUGACGAGGAGGCGGCUGAAAAAGAAGAAGAAAAAGACGAAGAAGAAGAGGAGGAGGAGGAGGAGGAGGUUGUGGAAGCACAAAAUGCAGGAGCCAUGGAGGAUGAAUCUGAGGAAUCUGAGGCUCAAAGUGAAGCUGAGGAAGUUCCUGAUGAGAAACCGGUCAAAUCUGUCAAGCGAAAAGCUGAAUCUUCCCCUGCCGAAUCUCCUGUGAAGCUGGCCAAACCUUCUAAAGAUGCAGCAGAGCGGGAAUCUAUUCGAAACGAGUUGCGCCAUAUGUCUUUGGAAGAGAUCCAAGAGUUGAAAGAGAAAAUCGGCUUGAAGCUCUAUAAUAAGGCCUUGGGCAUCAAUCAAGGCCGAGGGAUGGCCAAACCCACUCAAAUGUCCAAGGCCGUGUUCAAGCGAGAGAACAAGAACCGACCCCGUGAGAUCUCGUCCAAGAAACCCGUUAAGCGAUUCCGAGAUGUGGUCGGGCUCACGGCCAAAAUGAACGAGAAAGAGCAUCAAAAACGGGACCCCCGAUUCGAUUCCCUCUGUGGGGAAUAUGACUCCAAGGAUAACCAAGUCCGCGAGCGCCAAAAGCUCGAUUCUCAAAGCAAGGUACGAGCCCCAAGCGUGAACAAUGAAGGCCAAAAGAAGGUCUUUAAGUCGAAGAGUUUGAUGAAGAACGAAGAUCUCGUGUCGCAAUAUGAGGAGCUCAAAAAGCGUGGUACCCUGGACAAGUACAUCAAGAAGAAGAACAAACAAAACAUGACGAAAGAUCGUCGCAAAUUCAGUAUGGCAACGUAGUGCGAAAACGAAUAAAGAAACAUGAUUAUGAUGAUUGCUCACA